GGCUACAGUCCCAGCCAAUCAAAGCGAGCGGAGGAAACAACGCCGGCGGGCGGGAGCCAGUGGGAUAAUGGCAUAUAGAGCCGGGGGGCGUGGCCUGGUGCAGUGGCGGUGGGUGACAGGUCGAGCGUGCCGCGAAUGGCGGAAUAAAGAGCGGGAGCGGUGAAGACAUGAGGCGGAGACACCGUGGAGGAGGAGGAGCGGAUACCGGGAAAGCAGAUUUUCCCCCAGCAUCACCGAAGCACUACAUGUCCUGACAUGGGAGAAAUUCAAGGAUUGCCAGGACUUUCCGGCGAAAUGAACAGAUUGCUCAAUAGGAUCUUCUUGUGAGACAUGGAUCGAUGUAAACACGUUGGACGUCUACGCUUGGCACAAGACCACUCCAUACUAAAUCCACAGAAAUGGCGCUGUGUGGACUGUGAUACAAGUGAAUCUGUAUGGGCAUGUCUUAAGUGUUCACAUGUGGCUUGUGGGCGUUAUAUUGAAGAGCAUGCCUUGCGCCACUUUCAGGAAAGCAGACACCCCUUGGUUAUGGAGGUGCAUGAGCUGUAUGUCUUCUGCUACUUGUGCCAGGACUAUGUGUUAAACGAUAACCCAGAGGGUGACUUAAAGCUACUGAGAAGUGCACUCUCUGCUGUAAGGAGUCAAAAGCAGGAAGCAUCAAGUCGAAGAAGCUUAAGGUCACAAACCACAGCAAGUGAACGGUCUGCGUGCCAUCGAUCAUCACAGGGGCAGCCAAUGGUGCUUACAGCUUUACGUCAUAGACGCCAAACUUUGCUGGCAAAAGCACUACGACUUUGGUUUGAAAAAUCUUCUAGGGGACAGCUAAAAUUGGAAGAAAGAAAACAACAAGCAGAACUUGAGAAAAAAAAAGAAAAGGCUAGGUUAAGGAGACAAGAAGUAAAACGGCGUCUUCUAGAGGAACUUGCAAACACUCCCCCCAGGAAAAGUGCCCGUCUACUGUCAUAUACGCACAGGGAUAGCCUUAUUCCUCGUAAAUUCAGGGACAUGACAACCAGCAGUUCUGCUUCAAGGAAGGAAGCUCAAAGACGCUUUAACCAGCUGUACUCUAUAAAGCCCACUGUGACUCCAGGAGUGACAGGGCUUCGCAACCUUGGAAACACCUGUUAUAUGAACUCUAUACUGCAAGUGCUGAGCCACCUGCAGAAGUUCAGGGAAUGCUUCCUCACCCUGGAUCCCUGUGAGAAAGAAGAACUGUUGACUAAUAAAGGCACCAAUGGCAAGCCCUGUACGGGUAACAUUGGUUCAGGGUACCCAUCUGGGGGCCUUGGGUUAAAUGGUGGGGGAUCCAACAUUAAAAAAAGCCUGGAGCUAAUUCAAGCCAAGGAACCUAGCACCAAACAACUGUCCCUUUGCCAUGAACUGCACACGCUUUUCCGUGUAAUGUGGUCCGGGAAGUGGGCGCUGGUUUCGCCCUUUGCCAUGUUGCAUUCGGUGUGGAGUCUAAUUCCAGCUUUCAGAGGGUAUGAUCAACAAGAUGCCCAGGAAUUCCUGUGUGAGCUGCUGGACAAAGUGCAACAGGAACUGGAGUCUGAAGGCAGCAAGCACAGAAUACUUAUUCCCAUUUCCCAGAGGAAGCUUACCAAACAGGUGCUGAAGGUAGUAAACACAAUAUUUCACGGACAACUGCUCAGUCAGGUUACUUGUUUGACUUGUAGUUAUAAAUCUGACACAGUGGAACCUUUCUGGGACUUGUCUCUAGAAUUCCCAGAGCGUUAUCAUUCUCUGGAAAAAGGGAUUACUCCAGUCACUACUACUGAGUGCAGACUUACGGAAAUGCUGGCCAAGUUUACAGAGACUGAAGCGCUGGAAGGCAAAAUCUACGCUUGUGACCAGUGUAACAGACGGAGACGGAAAUCCUCACCGAAGCCCCUUGUUCUGAGUGAGGCCAAGAAACAGCUAAUGAUAUUCAGACUACCUCAGGUCUUGCGGCUGCACCUUAAGCGGUUCAGGUGGUCUGGCCGUAAUCACCGUGAGAAAAUUGGAGUCCACGUGUUUUUUGACCAAGUGUUGAACAUGGAACCGUACUGUAGAGGUUCAUUGUCUCCCUCUGAUCCAGGGACAUAUCUGUAUGACCUGUCAGCAGUAGUAAUGCAUCAUGGUAAAGGGUUUGGUUCCGGACACUAUACUGCAUAUUGCUACAACACAGAGGGUGAAUUUUGGGUUCAUUGCAAUGAUUCCAAAUUGAACAUGUGCUCCGUUGAGGAAGUGUGCAGGACACAAGCCUACAUCCUUUUCUAUACUCAGCGGAGUAAUCCACAGAACGGUGUGCAAAACAGCAACACACAAAGCGAUCCAGGGAUUCCUGAUAUUCUCUUAUCACCUCAGGCUCCAUCCAGUCCCCAGGAGCAUGGCAGGCGGAUAACUAUACCCUGAUACUACUAGAACCGGUCCAUUUCCGAUCUUUUUAUUUGUUUUUAAAUUUUUGGGCAAUGGGGUGUUUUUAAAUCUGUAGACUGAUUCUUAGCUGUGUUUUUUAUUCAUCUUGUCGGAGUAGCAUCAGAAGACUUGGCAGCUUGACCAAUCUGCCCUCAUUAUAGGAACCCAGCAUACUUAUCUGUGUAAGGGAAGUACUUUCCUCCAAAUCUUCAUUGACCUAGUUUAAUGCUAGAUUUUCAGUAUUAAACAUGGUUCUGCAUUGUUUAAAAAAAAAAAAAAAAAAAUCAGUAAAAGGCACCUCUUACCAGUAUCAGUGCAAAAGAUGUUACACUAGCUUCUAAUGACAUUGUGUCUAGUAGUAAAUCAUAUCCAGUGCUGUCUGCUUUGCAGCAGGAGAUUUAUUUUUCCAAUUCCUAAUUGUUCUGUUCCAUCAGCUUCAAUUUCGCUAAGUGUUUGACUUUCAAAAGGGUCCCCCCCCCCUCCCCCCCCCCCCCCCCCCCAAUCACAACAACAAAAAGGUCCAUGCAGGCAUUUUGAGGCAAUUUUUUUUCUACUCCAGUAUGUCUUUAAGAUAUUUAAAGAAGAAUCUCACACUAAAAAAAAUCUAAACUGAAAAUGUAAUAGUUUGGGGUCUUGCACAUAAAUACAACUAAUGGUGUAACCUUCUAUAUAAAUUGCAGUUCAGUCUUGUAAUCUACAGUGCUGAACUAAUUUUAAGCUUUCAUUUUUCAAAUACUUCCUCCUUUCUGAGGUCCAGCAGCACCAUUACCCAUUCUGCAUACACCAGCAUCAGACUGUAAGGGUAGAUUUACACAUUGCAGAUUUGAUGCAAACCACAACAAGCAAGAAAUCUCUUUAUGUAAUUAGGGUGCUGUAGUCCCUUAAAGGGAUAAUAAAAUAAGAUCUGGCUAUGCAUGAGGAGUUUAUACCAUAAAAAGAUCAGUGUAUUUUGGUGAAGGCUUUGCCUCUUAAGCAGGUCUUUAUAGUUUAAUGUGAGCUGCUGGGUUUAAACAAAAAAAUCUUUAAAAAAAUGCUGUUAAAGGGGUAUUCCAGUGAAACACUUGUUUAUUUAUUUUCAUAUCAACUGGCCCAAGAAACUUAAACAUAUUUGUAAAAUACUUAUGGUAAAAAAAAAUCUUAAUCCUAUCGGUACUUAUCAGCUGCUGAAGUUGUCUUCUGUCUGACCAGUUGUCUCUGCUGACACCUCUGUCUGUCUCAGUAACUGUCCAGAGUAGCAGCAAAUCCCCAUAGCAAACCUAUCCUGCUCGGGACAGUUCCUGAGACAGACAGGUGUCAGCAGAGAGCACUGUUGUCAGACAGAAAAGAACAACUCCACUUCAGCAGCUGAUAAGUACUGGUAGAAUUAAGAUUUUUUUUAAUAGAAGUAAUUUACAAAUCUGUUUAACUUUCUGGAGCCAGAUGAUAUGAGAAAAAAAAAAGUUUCACCGGAAAACCCCUUUUUGGGUACGUU